AUGGAGUUUCGGCGCGAGCUUCCUCUGGCUGUAGGGAAGGCCCCUGCCCCCAAAGUGGCUGAGUUUAGAGCUGCAAUGACAGCAGCAGGGGCUCGUCGCUCUUCUCAGGAAGGAAAGAAGCAGCCGCAGCCGAAGCAGCAGCAGAAGCAGCAGCAGCAGCAGCAGGAGGAGGAAGCAGCACACAAUAAAAGGGAGACAGCAGCAGCACAAGGAGACACCGGAGAGGUGGAGCAGGAGCAGCAGUCUGCUGCUGCUGCAGGGGUGAUUUGCUGCCGCUGCGGCGUGGAUGCCCCCGACCUGCUGCUGCUGCAGUGCCAGCACCUGCUGUGCUUGCCUUGUGCUGCAGCACAGCUGCUGCUGCAGUCGCAGCAGAACCCUUUGUCUCCCUACAACUGUCUCCUUUGUCCCUGCUGCAGUAAGGAGACACUCCUCUCGGACAAAGCAACAGCUACCCUCGUCAGGCAGCAGCCUCAUGCACCACGACAUCAAACUAGACAGCAAGCCUCAGCAACAGCAACAGCAGAAGCAGCAGCAGCAGCAGCAGCAGCAGGAGCAGCAGCAGUAGCAGGAGGGUUAAGGGGCCCCAGUGGGGGCAAGGAGGAGGUGCUGCUGCCUGCAGCAGCAGCAGCAGCAGAUGCUGCUGCUGAUACUGAGUGGCAGUUUAUUUGCUGCACUUGCGAGAAACGAAUCUCUGUUGUAUUUUGUAGAGAUUGUGCUGCGAACUUUUGUAAAGAUUGCGCUGUAGAGACGCAUGCACCCAGAGGUGCAGACCCCUCCGUUGUUGCUCGUUUGUCUCAGCAUCGUUUUUCUCCUUUGUCUUCUCGGGGUGUAUGCCCAACUUUACCUCUUUCAAAUGCAGCUCGCUGCAAGUUGAGGGCAAUAGAUCAUUAUAAGAGGCUGGAUGACUGCGAGCCUUUUCUAGAAGUUGCUGCUGCUGCUGCUGCUUCUGCUUCUGCUGGUGCUGCUUCUGGUGCCUCUAAGACAGCAGCAGCACGCGGGGGCCUCACAAAGCAGCAGCAGCAGCAGCGGCAGUCUGGGCGAAGACGCUCUGCUGCUGAGAGCAGCAGCAUUAAGCAGCAGCUGCUGGAGGAGGAGAUAAGUGAAGGAGACAGCUCUCGAGUGUCUCUUGAGGAGGUUGUUAAUACGAGAGUGCCUGUUAAUGCCUUUCCUCGUCUUUGUUCUGUCUCCUCUGUCCCUUGCGACCUGCAUGCAGGUGAAGAGACAGCUACAAGAGAAGCAAAAGGAGACACUUGCGGCUUUCGCGGCUUUCAUUGA